CUCUGAUCUGCAGGAAACAUGCCAAAAGAUGCCAGUUUCUCUAUGCACAGCUUGCUGGUCACUCACUACCUGAAUGGUGCCUGGUACCCGAAAGGCGGAGCCAGUGAAAUUGCCUACCACAUGAUCCCCAUCAUUGAGAAGGCUGGUGGUGCUGUUCUAGUUCGAGCCCCAGUCAACCGCAUCUUGUUCAAUGGCGCCAAGGAAGCUUAUGGUGUGAGCGUCAUGAAAGGCCAAGAGGAAAUACAUAUCCGUGCCCCUAUGGUCAUCUCUAAUGCUGGCAUCUUCAACACCUACCAGGAGCUGCUGCCCAAAGAGCUCCAGGCCAUGCCAGCUAUCCAGAAGCAGCUGAGCAUGAUGAAGCACGGUGAGGGUGGCCUGAGUGUUUUUCUGGGUCUGAAUGGAACCAAGGAGGAGCUGGGCCUGAAGGCAGACAACUACUGGAUCUUUGCUGAGAACAAUUUUGACGAAUUGUACGUCGUCACGCAUCUUGUAUCUUUAGCUUGUUACAAUUCAUAUUUGAGUUAUGGCCAAACAGACCUGGCUACUAAAAAACACUUCUAUUUAGUUUGUAAGGUAUCUGUUUUUGCUCAACAUGCAAAUCACAAAAUGCCUAAUGUGGCAUUGCAUGUUACAUGUAUACACUGCUUGACUGUGAAAAGUCACGUGGUUCUAAACUUUAUAUGGACUUAAAGUCGCUCUAAUAUAAUUCAAUACGUCUGAAAGAAACAUGAGGAUACACAUGAGCUGUGGAGAUUUUAGUCACUGUAAAAACACACUGAGGGGCGAAUUCACAAAAGGACUGCGCGCAAAGAGUGAACUGCGCUGCAGGCAAAUAUCGUCUCGGUGCUAUAUGCAUGAAUUUAAAUGAGGUAAUAUGCCAAAAUACAUUUAUUAAGAACUUACCCGCAAAACUGAUGGGUUAUUAGGAAGUGACAAACCCAUCAACAAUUACUGAUGGAUUACCAACAUCUACAACAUUCAUAACUGAAUUAUUACCAAACAUAAAUGAUAAACACCAGGCAACAGAAUUUGUAACAACCUAGCAACCCAGAUUUAGUUCUAAUUAAUGGCUUGUUACUGAUAUUUAAAGCAUUAGCAAAUUAUUUAUUGACCAUUAAUAAAGCCAUUAUUUACAACGUAUAAACUCUUAAUAAAGGUGCCUUAUUAGAAAGUGGUUUAUAACUUUGAGAACGCAAACACACGGGCCAAUGUGAGCUUCAAUGCAAGUCCAUCAAAAACCUUUUUAUUCCUUUUCGAAUAAAGAGCAAGAUAGCCCUGAUGAAGGCAAGUUAGCUGAAACCGUCUGGUGAGUAAAGGUGUUUUCAUUUUAUUAUUAAGGGGUGCCAGCAUUUUUACAAAUAGCCUCCUGCUUUAUUUUGGCCUUGGCCCACAUGCAGUUCACUGGCCCUCUGGAUCUCCCGCAGCUUAUCAGCUUGCAAGGAGUUUAGCUGUUCACAAGGUGCAAAUCAAUGUGAUGUGGAAAUAUUUCUCCAUAUAUGUAUUCCUGCGCACCCCCACCCCCCUAUACACACAUACUCUGUCUCAUAUACAAAAACAACAAUAAAGGGGCUCACACAGUGA